AAUUGACAAUUUGUUUUUGAAACUGGACAAUUUCGUUUAUUCCAAGCUUCCAUUAACUUAAAAAUGAAGUCAAUCAUUGAUUUAGUGAUAAUUUUGAUGGCCAUUUUUGGUCAAACAUUUGGCUAUCCUAUUUCAGUAGAGGAGAACGAUCCAGAACAGGGCGACUACUUUGAAGGUGAUAUUAUCCUAUCCCCAGAACAGAAGUUGGCAAUUGAAGGAAAUUCUAGAAAUGGUUUGAUUGCCGAAAGAUACCGCUGGCCAAACAAAACUAUUUUAUACAGAUUUGCUGAUGGACAUUUUGAUGCAUCUCAUAAACAUUCAAUUCUAAUUGGAAUGCAAACAAUCGAAAAUGUAUCCUGCAUUCGAUUUAUUCCAGUCGAAAUAACAACAAAAACAGGUUUCAUCAAUAUUACAAGUGAACCAGGAUGUCGUUCGAACGUAGGUUACCGUAGAAGAAUCCAAAAUUUGAAUUUAUCAAGAGGAUGCUUUCGACCAGGCACCAUUGUCCAUGAGCUAUUACAUUCCGUUGGAUUCUAUCAUCAGCAAAGUGCCGCUGAUCGUGAUGAAUUUGUGAGAAUUGCAUAUGAAAAUAUUUCCAGUGGCCGUGAACAUAAUUUUAAUAAAUAUAGUUCAUCAGUUGUUGGAGAUUUUGGCUAUGCAUAUGAUUAUGGUAGUAUUAUGCAUUAUGGUCCAAAGUCAUUUUCGAAAAAUGGUAACAAUACUAUUAUUCCAAUACCUAAUCCAAACGUAAGAAUUGGUCAAAGAGAUGGAUUGAGUUGGAAGGAUAUUCAGAAGGUGAAUGCUAUGUAUAAAUGUCCAGUACGUCCUAAAGGAUAUUUUGAAAGAUUGAGAUUGUGA